UCGCUGAACUCGUAAAGUGAUUUAUCAUUUUUCGACGUUGGUAAUUCUGUUCCCACUAUCAUCAAUAAAUAAUCAAGUUUGUAGUGGUAGAAAAUUAGUUCGUUUAUUUAUUUUUCAAGUUUUUUCAAUAAACAAAGUUUUUUGAAAAGAUGCAACAAGAGAACGCCGCCAACGGCCCCCAAAAUGAUUUAAAUGUGGGGGCCGGAGAUCAAGUCGAAUGUGACAAAUCGAAACUUAUCGUUAAUUACAUCCCACAAUUCGCAACUGAAGAGGAUUUAGCUCUAAUUUUCACUCCCAUCGGACGAGUGGAAAGUAUUAAAAUAAUGAGAGAUUAUAAUACGGGCUAUAGUUUCGGUUUCGGUUUUGUCAAGUAUUUCAACGAAGAAGAUGCCGCGAAAGCGAUUCAAGUUAUCAACGGAAUGAAUUACAAAAACAAACGCCUGAAAGUGUCAUAUUCGCGUCCUCCAGGUGCCGAUAUGAAAGCAUCCAAUUUAUACAUCACUAACUUACCCAAAGACGUGACUGAGGACGAUGUUCACAGACUCUUUUCAAACUAUGGAGAAAUCAUCCAAAAGUCCGUUUUAAAGGACAAAAUUACCGGAAUGCCACGUGGAGUUGCCUUUGUCCGUUUUUCGCGAGGAGAAGAGGCCAAAGCUGCCAUAGCCGACCUUGAUGGCAAACUGCUUGAAAACGCAAUGCUUCCGUUGAGUGUUCGCGUAGCAGAAGAUCACGGCCGUCAAAAAGCUCAAUAUUUGGAAAAUUGGAGUUUUUCAAUGCACAACAGGGGUUUUGUACCACCGUUUCGAGGAGGGACAAUGAAUCCCUUCAGGAAAAUGCCACCACAGCCGCCUGAUAAUUUACAAAACCGUAAUCGCUUCCAAAAUUAUAAUUCGAAUAAUGUGAGAAAUAUGGGAGCAGGCGAUAAUUAUCUACAAAAUUCGUUUUUUUGUUAAUUGCUUCAUUUUUUCUUUUUUGUUUCUGACUGAGAAUGGUUUUUGUGUUAAUUGAAGAGUUGAUUUUAUUUUACAAAGUUUCUAUAUUUAUUUUUAUAUUGAUAGAAAAGCGUGCCAACUAAUUGUAUGUUGAACGCUAAAUACAAUAGACAUUUAUUUAUUUAUUAUUAUAUAUAUUUAUAUAAAAUAGGAAAAAAUAUGUACGCAAUUGAUGUGCCUAAGAAAAAACUUAACACCAGCUAUGGUUUUUUUUUUCUUUUUGACACACAAAAUGUGUUAAUUUUUUUCUUAACCAACGAUCUGAAUAAUUUAUUGUAAUUUAUUUCUAGUUUCAAGUGAAUAAAAUUUUAAUUGUUGUUUUCUAUA